AUGACCAUUUUACCCCUAAAUACCACUUGUUUUGUUUCCCUCUUGUUGUUUAUUGAGGAAUAUAGAACGUUAGCAGUGGAGUAUAUAGUAGCGGUGAGGAGUCUAGGGUUUCUUAGCGUUACUCAAGGAGAAAUGCCAUGGCACUCUACCUGGCUUACCCUUUCAAAGUGUGAAAGGGAAUACCAUGUAGGGUGUGUUAGGGCACAUAAGAGAAUCGAUCUGAAGGAUUUGCCAUGUGGAAUUUGUUCUGCACCGUGGAGUGUGGAAUACAUCAUUCAGUUCUUUAGAAGUUGGUGGCAUGUGGGCCGGUGA